AUGACGUCGAAGAAGGCAAUCUCCGACAGCACUUGCAACACUCGAAGACUUUUCCAGCUUUUCCUCAAAUUGCCACCUAUCUAUCGCGUUCCGAGAGAUGUCUUUUACCGUAUCCUCCAGUUCUUCUGCAACAGCUACGCCGUUUUAGACCAUCAGCAACGGACACCUGAGCUCAUCGAGCUGCCACAGAUGGUUGCCGUGCGGGUGUGCCACGCCUGGCAUGACAUCGUCAUGAAGGACCCAUCCCUAUGGCGUCGCCUUGUCUUUCGCUACGGCAUGUCUGCCAGAGGCACUGUGGACAAGUUCAACGCUGCCCUGGCGUACUGGGUCAAGAAGGCCGCACCGUACACGCUGUCUCUUACCCUAUCCGUCGAAGGACGCAUCAAAGGCCACCUAUGGUGGGAUGUCACGGCGUCUCUCGAGAAAUGGGCGUGGCAGCUGGGAGCGAUCACUCUGGUAGUGCCGGAUACCCACUACUGCAGGUUCCUCGGCAACGUCGAUUUUCUUUGGCUCAGGCAUCUCGAGCUGGACUUGGAUCCUUUCUCGCACAACGCAGUCACAGCCCGUAGUUCUCGCACCAAUCCAUUCCCCUUGAUACGUUCACUUGACGUCGUCUCCCUCCAUCCGUCCCAGUUCCCCGACGAGCGUGUCACUUCCAGGCUAUUCAGCCUGUCUCUACUGUAUCACGCAGGCGCGAGGGGAUAUCGGCCAACACUCACGUCUGACUGGAGCUACGCCACAGCUCUCGCCGGGUGCAGCAAUCUCGUGGAGCUGUCCCUUGGUCUCGGUGCAGCGGAUCCUUCUUCUGGUGUUGCCGUUCAGGGUCUCGUCGAGCUCAUGACGCUACGUACCUUGCGUCUUCGGUUCUUGUCUACGCAGUCCGUUUUCGGCAAAUUCCUCGAAGACAUCAGAUGCCCCAAUCUCCUUGAGCUUGACGUCGACAGUGCGGAGCGCAUCCACGCUGACGACCAAACGGACCUGUACGAGCAGAGACUGACGCACCUCAUUCUCCAGUCCCCCUGCACCUGGAGUCUGCGCUCCUUCAGCAUCCGCAACGUUGACUUCAAGGAGAGCGAGCUCAUAUGCAUGCUCAUCGCUUUACGGGCUCUCUGGCAUUUCGAGUUCAUGCCCGCCUCAUAUUCCGAGAGUUAUCCCAACCUCUUCAGGAGAUUUCAAGGGACGUCAAACUGGAAUCCGCUUUGUCUAACACUUGAUACUCUGCGUGUCGGCUCUUCAGAGAUCCUCGACUUCCACAAACGGCUUAUGGGCGCCAUUCAAUCGCGCUGUCUGCACCAUCUCCCGUUGAAACGCGUACAGUUGGUUUACUAUGAUGACUUGCUUUUAGAGAGGGCGAAGCUAGAUGAAUGCAUCGAAGGCUUUACGAGGCAUUCCCGGGCUUUCCACGAAGAAUGUUUUCGAACGCGUCAAGUUUCUGUUAGCGUACAAGUAGUACCGAAAUGA